CCGUUCUUUAUUUUCAUUCUUUCAACUCUCUUUUUUUCUUCCACCGAUCUUUGCCUACUUUGUAAACAAUAAAAAUGCCUCAGGAAACAACAGCAGAAUUCUUCAAAAGGUUCAUGUCAGAUGAAAUGAAGUUUCAGGACUUUGUAGAGACAGGUUUUAUGAAGUUGAAUGAUAGAGAAAAAUACCGAAAGUCACUGAAAACUUGUAAAAUGAAAGCAGCACGAAAUAACAGCGAGCUCAACCGAUAUUCAGACAUUCUGCCUUACGAUGGGUGUCGAGUGGCACUUCGAAAUCCACAACUAGGUGAAAGCGACGAUGACUAUAUCAAUGCAAGCUAUAUUAUGGCACCUUUUAAAAUAAAAAAACUGUAUAUCGCAACACAAGGCCCUUUAAAAAGAACCAUCAUCGAUUUCUGGAGAAUGGUCGUCGAGAAUGGCGUAGCAGUCAUAGUAUGUUUAACGGCCGAGAUUGAGAACAACAAAAAGAAAUGCGAAAGAUACUGGUCUCUGCCAGAGCAACCACUUGAGAUGGAAAAUGAAAAGGUGAAAGUGAAAGUAUACCAUGCAAAAAAGGAUCAACACAAUAAAGAAGCCGAGUGUAUCAUCAGAACAAUGAACGUUGAAUUUUACAGCCAAGGGGAUGACGCAAAAUUGCUGGCCAAACGUAAAGUGAGUCAGAUUCAAUUCUUGGGUUGGGCUGAUCAUGGCAUACCAAAGACAACGACAAGCGUCAUCAACUUGGUUGAAUUAGCAAGACAAUUGAAUCCGGUACGGCAACAACCACCCUUAGUCGUUCAUUGCAGCGCAGGGUGUGGGAGAACAGGCACUUUUUGCGUGCUUGAUAUUGCAGAGACCUACCUACGACAAAAUCCUUAUUCGCCUACAGAUCCUAUUUAUCAUAUAACGAAUGAAAUCCGUAAAGCCCGUACAACCAUGGUGCAGACCGAAUCACAAUAUGAGUUCUGUUAUAGAGCCCUUAUAGAUUUCAUGAGCCGGAAAAAAGACGCUGAAGGAACUGAUGGAGAAAAAGGAAAUGGAGUUGAACAAAGCUAAAAAUAGUUUCAGGACAUAUUUUGUUACUAUAUAGUAUACUAUGAUUUACGAAAGGGCUCCAAGUACAUAAGUAGUCAUCGUGAUACCAAUGAAAAGAGGAGAGACG